UCCGGGAUAGUGAAAUCAUUAAUGGCUGCAGCGGGUAUUGGUUUCUCUUCUAGUUUUAGAAUUGAUGAUGUGGGUGUGGGGCGUGUCCUCAACAUGGACCUAGAUGAGCUAUUUGGAUUGUGUGACGAGUUGGGUAUCGAAUCUGAUGAAUUAGUUGCAUCUCAGCAGUUGCAAAGCUGUGUACUAGAGCACAUGAAAGCGACUCGUGGCAAGGAUCAAAACACGUCUCUAGCUCCGUUUGCUGAAACUGCGUUUGCUUUUGCGAGAGAUGUUGACCGCAAGAGGCGUGAACUUGUCGCUGUGUUAAAUGCAGCAGAGGAACUCCUUCAAGAGAAGGAGGGCAAUGAGUUGUUUAGGAAUAUUGGACUGCAGAAAUCAAGUUGUUGGAUGCAGCGCAAAGAUUUUGAAUACGCCAGGAAAUUGUGCGAAGGCAAACCUGUGCUACUAGUCGCAGGUAGCACUUCUGCUGGUAAGAGCACUUUGAUCAAUGCUCUACUCGGUGAACCUAUACUACCAACAUCAUACAAUGCAACAACAUCUGUGUUGUGUGAAGUCAAAUAUUCAGAUAAACCAGAAUUGAAAUAUGCAGAUCUUCACUUGCGUAAACAUGGUAAAAUAGAGAAGAAGCGAAUGGGUCUUGGAUCUGCAGAUGAUCAAUCACAAUUUGCAAGCUACAUGCAGCAAAUCAAGCACACAGUGGGAGCUGGGAGUAUGUCUUGUAAGCUUAUUGAGAUAUUUUGGCCACUUAGCUUUUUGAAGGAUUUCACUCUGGUUGACAGUCCUGGUGUUACAGAAAAGGAAGGAGAAUCAGUUGUUCGUCAUAUGACAGAACAAUACCAGCGUAAUUGUGCAUGUGGAUGUAUUUAUGUUCUGGAUUCUACUCGUUCUGCACAAGAAGCUGGACAGGUUGGAGGUCUCCUAAGAGCGAUUUCAGACUCCAUAAACUCACAACCACCACCACUGUCUGCUCUAUUUGUACUGAACAAGUGGGAUCUAUUGGAACAACAGCAAACUGAUGAAGAACAGAAAGAGUUCAAAGGGUUGAUUGCCAAACAUAUCGCUGACUGUUGGCCGGGCUUUCAACAUAGCAAGCAACUGGUAACUAUGAAUGCACGACUUGCUCUUCAAGCUCAAGAACUUGGACAAACAACAAAAGAUAUGGAUGUGCUUUGCAAGCGUAUCGCUGACAUGCUGCCAGUCACUUUUGACAGCUUGUUAUACAAAUCACUGAGGCAACUAAUGCUUCUAAUGUACACAAUAUCAGACAUGUUGGAUGCUACAAUUCGUUGUCUCCAUUUACCUGUUGAGGAAAGAAGAGAGAAACAAAGAAAAGAUUGGCAAGAACUAAAUGAACUUAGGAAGAGUGUUGAACACGGCAAGUUGGCAUCAGUAAGGGACAAGGUGAUUAACAAAUUAGAAGAAUUGGUUCUUGUCAUAGGACCAUACUUGGAAUCAGAUGAAAGCUUGCAAACCGUGGAAGAAGCCAAGAAAUCUCGACUAGAAUAUUGGCCAUCGGAUAUCAAGGGUGCAAUUAAGGAAGCCACUAUUGUGGCUAUUUGUGAACAUCCUCAUUAUAAAACAGUCUGUUUGUGGAUUCAGAAAGAGCUUUUACACAAAGUGGAAGACCUUUGUGAAGAACUUAGUUUCUAUCCUCAUACAGGCUCUUAUUCAAGAACGUCGCAAGUUACUCACCUUAUUGAUGUUGAUACAAUAGCAGCACAAGCCAAUUUGACUCUUCCUGCUGUCUAUGUGAUAACUGCACUUUCUGCUAUCGGUGCAAUGAUGGUUGCUCGUAUUUCUGGUAACUCUUCUGGCUUGGAUGCUAUGACAAGCAUUUCUGACACAGUAAAAAACUGGAAAUGUAGCACAGCUGUAGUUAAUGGCUACAGAAAGCUUGUUGCACGUCUUAAGAAGGAUGAUUACAAGGAACUAAAGGAAGUGUUGGAGGCAAUGUUGGUUGCAACUGUUCCAACCGUGAAACUGCUGCUACAAGAUAUUCCUAAUCAUAUUGAUGCUCAAGAGCAGUUUAUGACUGUUCGACUGAAACAGCAAGUGGGAGACUUGGGAAAGUUUGAACAGAUGCUAUGCACCUGUUUGCCGGUUACAAUGUUGUUAUCUCACUUUGCAUUGGAGCUGUUUUAUGGUCACAGUGUUCAAAGUAAUUUGUUUGAGUGUGAAGAAAACUUGGUAGGUGAAUAUCACUUCGGAUUGGCAUAUACAAAUAAGAACUCAGCAUUGGGUAAAGUUGUUAUUGUAAUCAAUGAGGAAACGAUUAAACAAAAAUCAAGUGAUAUCUGGUGGGUUUGUCAGUUUAGAAUGCAGAAUCAGAGCAAGCUGCGCCAUGUAAAUAUUGCCCAAUUCUUCUCUGUAGUCUGUCUUCAGUCAGACCCAUUGCGGUUAGGGCUUGUUGCAGAGGAUUGUGGAAGCAAAUCUCUGUAUGAUGCAUUUAUUGGCAAUUCAGCCUGCAACAAGAAUGGAAAGUCUAUCAGUCUACAACAGACAGCUGAUGUCAUUAAGCAACUACUUGAGGGACUAAAACAUCUACAUGACUCUGCACAUGUGAUGCAUGGGCGAUUGCAGCUCAAAUCUAUAUGGUUAGUGAACGAUCUUGUCAAGAUUGAUGGUUUUGGAAGGCCGUGGACCAUAUGUGACAUUGAUGAAAUGAAAUGCGAUCAACUUGUAUACUUAGCACCAGAGGUUAAGGAAUUGAGGACUUUUGACAUGUCAGUCGACAUGUACAGUGCAGGAGUUAUUCUUUGGGAGAUUUGGAGUGGCCAAAGUGCGAACACAAUUGCUAAGGCAUGCAUCAGCGAGAAAACAUUUAGUGCCAAGCUAUUAGAGUUUUCACGGCAACAAGAAAAAACAGAGAGUUUAGUAUGGAAAGCUAAUAAGUUGCGCAUGUUGUUGGCAGAUCUGACCGAAAUGUGUUGCUCUGCCAAGUCAACUGAAAGGCCAGUCGCCGCUAAAGCAUUAUCUCUUGUGAACUCUUGCUUGAACUCAUGUUCAAAGUGAGUGUGUGUUUGGAAGUGCAGGUACUAUACAGUGCACCUACCAUUUAUCAAUAUGUGUACAUAUGCUGUGUAGUGACGUCACAUUUGUAUUUUUUAAUGUUUUAGGAUCAUAUUUUGAAGUCUGCAUGUGUUGACGUCUGCGUUAUGCUUACACAAUAAGAGAACUAAAAAUUUAGGUGAUUCUAUAGACUGCUAUGCAUAC